AUGUUCCUCCAUUCGGGCGCCAGCCUGCAUGGGCAUGAAUACUCUAAUAGGGACCCCCCAGCAACCGGACAUGCCUCUCCUCGACGGAACUCAUUACUACGAUCUUCCUUUGGCACGCCUAUAACUCGAUCACCACCUAAAGACUCUCGUUCACCUUCUCCUAGUAUUCGGACCACCUCCCUUAAAAAAGUCCGACCUCGGCCUGUGUCUGACUUCUCGCCUGCGCCGCCGGAGCACGUUGUUAGGUUUCUGGAACCUGUUGAGCAUGAGCUAGUACCUGCCAGCACACCUGAAGAGAUGAGUGAGGAUGAGUCUUCCACCAUCGUCGACAUUAGCGACAGCGACACAAGCCGAGCUGCAUCCUCAACGCGCCGGCAGCGACGUCUCUCAACGCGACAGCGCACUGCAUACCUCCUUGCACAAGCGCCCCCAACUCUAAACAAGAAGCAGCGUCUUCUGCACAUUCGCCCAAAAUUACUGCUUCAGUUACAACAAGUCCCUGCUGGUCAGCGACCAGUACCGGCCAUAGACGUUUAUCCUUCUUCUGGCAUUGUCAAUACCGCAAUCGCCGCCCACCUUUGUAGGCGGUUCCCCCGUCUAUCCCGUAUUAAAAGCGAAAAGAGCAUACAAGAUGUACUGUUACUCAAGAGCGAGGAUUAUACGGCCUCGGAGAAUGACUCCGAUAGUGAUGGAGACGAGGAGAGCAUCAAGAACAGGGACAUCAUUGCCAUCCUGAGUCCGCUAUCUGGGCAGGACAAGGCCGAGAUUGCUCUUCCUGACGGCACUGUCUGGGUCGCUGCUCCUCGCCUAAAUGGCUAUGAGUUCACAACAAUUGACAAACAUGGCAUCACGACGACUGCCCGCUGGAUUCGAAGGCAAACGAAAUCCAUUUCCACCAUGCCAUUGACACCCCCAACUUCUGCGCCAUCAUCUCCAUUAUCCCCCUCCUCGAUUACAGCCUCGGCUUUCCCGUUUCCUGGGUCAUCAUCGCCAGAUUGCAAAUUCAUAUUCAGCUUUGUUGAUCCCAGUUCUCGUCAACAUCCAAUCAUGGCUACACUCCAGCCAUCAUCACUGGAUAUUUCAGACACAUAUACCACAGUCUCGCGGUCAUGUAGUAAACACCCCCCGACCUCGACACAACGAAGAAGGACGAUCGGCGCAGAGGACGAGAAGGAAAGCGCCCACCAGAGGACGACACGAGUGGUUGAGGACUGGCAAAAAUCAUUCAUCCAGAUCUCAGCCUUGUGGGUGGCACUUCGAAAUGGUUGGGUUCCUCGUUUCAAACCGGCAGAUUUCAUCCCACAAAACGCCAGCACAGCCUCAUUAGCUUCUACCAAGGUGCCAAAGCGUACCCGCUCCUAUACUACUGGCUCAGACGUAGGAACACCUACAGUGCCGCGGAAUUUGACAGGUCGUUGGCGCCAUUCUCAACCUCCUCUUCAGGAGGUGAGCACAUUUAGUCCGGGUAUUCUUCCUAGAAGGGCCACCUCGACAGGUGCUGCGCGAAUGAAACGUCUGAACGCCGAGCGCAUCUCGGAGGUGACAGAGAUCAGCGAUACGUCCAGCACCAGAUCGAAAGGGAGGCGGGUAUUAAGUGGUGAAUGGAACCUCAUCCAUCGUCACAGUACCGCAUUAUCCGGCAUAGCAGACUUGGAAACUAUUCCAAACGAAGGACAGUCUGCCAACAAGCCGACAGCGUCAACACUCGUCAGUCCGGGGGUUGUGACACCAAGUAAACGUCCCGUCUCCGAUUUCAUCACCACGACCCCAAUGCGACCGCCUUCUCCCACCAAGAACGCGGUUUCAAACGGAGCAGAUGGAAGACGACCAAAUCUGCUGAACCAGUCGCGUGGCAUAGUUACUCAUGACGAGACAGAUCAGAGUAGAAAGCGCCAUAGGUGGAAGAGCAGCGUGAGCAAAUGGUUUAAUAAACUCCGUGCUCGCUAG